UGAUGCAUCUAAUUUCAUCAUAAUUAUUUGUAUCUUGUGAUUGAUUGUUGAAAAUUCAUCUCAUUAUCAAAAUUAUUUUGAUUGGCUUCAGAACAAAAACUAUAAUUUCUCUUAUCGUUGGAUUUUGUGGAUUAUUGAUAAACCAAUCAUGUCAUCAGGUCCCAUGAUUCCAUGGAAAACUAAAUUCACGGUUGCUCUGUCUGAGCAUAAAUUCCUCUUUUCUCAACUAUGGCGACUUAUGAUAUGGGAAAAGCCUUUCCACCCCGUCAUUACCUUUCUUGUGGUUACGAUCUUAUUCUGGAUUAUUUCUAUAUCUAAAGCUACUGUUAUCACGACCGCUGCUGCCGUUGGAAUUUUAUGCGUCCUUGUCGACUUUGCCGGCCCAGGUAUCUAUCAUUCACUCGAACCUCAUUUCGGACCUGCCCGAGAUCUAGAUUAUGAUGCGUUUUGUGGAUACCUGUCUUUACCAAUUAAAUUGCUUGACACCGGAAUACACAAAUUGAUUGAGAUGAAACGUCGACAAAAAGCUGUUCUAUCUGGUUCAUUGGCUGGUGUUCUGUUCAUUACUAUAUUUAUUGGGCGAAUCAACAAUUACUAUCUCUGCUAUUUAUCCAUUUUAAGUUACCUCAUGGCUCCUGGUGCUUUGAAAAGAGCUGGGAUUAAUGUCAAUGACUACACUCGUCUAGGUGGUCCAUCAACAUCAAUGACUUCUUCUCCUUCUCCUUCUCCUUCUCCGUCUCCAAUAUCACCGAUUAGACCACCAACUCCACCACCUCCACCACCGCCCUCGAUCAACAGAUUCCCCAGUCCAAGUAGCUCACCAAUGAAUAAAAAUCUAAAAGAUCUUAAAGAAGAUUCUAAAGAUGAUGACGAUUAAUCGCCAAAAUGCAGAAGAGAUAAUUGAUUUAAACCUUUUUACAAUUUAAUCAAACUUCAGAAUUUCCUAUUUUUACGUUACCUCUCAUUUAUCUUGAAAAUUUAUUUCUUUAUUCCUGACAAUAAAAAACUUUCAAUGAAUAA